AAAGUAAACAAACCCGGGCUGCUGAAAAUGAACUGAAUGAAUCUAUUAAAGCUGCUGUAACUCCGUAUUCAACUUACAUCCUCUCAACACAAAAGCGACAGUAUGUCUUAAGUAUUUGUUUUUCUUCAAGACCGCAGUUAUACUUAUUAAAAACAAUCUGCACAAAUAGAAACAUGUAGCAGUUAUUGAACUAUAAAAGCGACAUGAAACAUACAUGAACGUUACACGACGUUAAUCUUGCGUGCUUUUUGGUCUCAGUUUAUUUAGCAUUUUAGAAGAAAAAAAAGAUAGAAAGUUCGUAACAAACUUAUGGUUUGGGUUAAAUAUUUAUAGCUUAAUAUGUUGUAAUAUUUAUAAUGUCAACACGAAAGAGAAAGAAUUCAUCAUUACCUCAGUCAGAAUCAGCCGGCGAUCAGGCUGAUGGUGAACCUCUCAAGAGACUCACUGAGUGUCAGUCUGACACGAACACCCUGGAUCAUCAUCUCAGCCCCUAUUUCUCGAGGAAAGCCCCUGUCAGACUGAGUGACAGCUUCUUCCACCAGCCCUGCGUUGAUCUGGCCAAGGCCUUUCUCGGCAAGGUGUUGGUGAGGAAGCGAACUGAUGGCACUGAGCUCAGAGGAAGGGUUGUGGAAACCGAAGCAUAUUUGGGUGGGGAGGACAAGGCAUCCCACUCAGCGGGGGGAAAACGCACAGAGAGGAACACUGCCAUGUUCAUGAAGCCUGGGACCAUCUAUGUCUAUCCCAUCUACGGCAUCUACCUCUGCAUGAACGUAUCCAGCCAAGGGGAGGGGGCGGCCGUGCUUUUGCGUUCUCUGGAGCCUCUGAGCGGUCAGGACGUCAUGAGGGGCCUGCGAGCAGCCAAACGCAAAGCUGGAGCCAAAAACCUUAAGGACAAAGAGCUCUGCAAUGGCCCGUCCAAGUUGUGCCAAGCGCUAGAUAUACAGCGCUGCUUCGACCGCAGGGAUCUGGCCACUGAUACCGAGGUGUGGCUCGAGAGGGACCUGGAGCGAGAGACUGUUCCUGCUGGAGAGGUGGUGUCGGCCCAUCGGAUCGGAGUUGAGUCUCAUGGGGAAUGGGCGACCAAACCACUUCGGUUCUACCUGAGAGGACACCCAUGUGUGAGCGUGCUGAACAGAGACGCAGAGCGUCAGAUGCGCUCACAGUCCUACAAUGAGACGGAAAAGACAGUCUCUUGAAAGGUCUUCAUGUUGUUCAGUGAUUAAAUUGCUUUAUAAAUGGAUAUUCAAUCGAAAAUUUUAAUUCUGUCAUCAUUCAUGUCAUUCCAAACUUGUAUAGAUUUUUUUUGUUUUGUUUUUCUGUAGAACACAAAAGGAGAAGUUUAGCAGAAUGUCCAAGCUGCUCUUUUCCAUAUAAUUAAAGUGAAUGGUGAACAAA